GUCGAAGGCCGGCGGAAGUGCUCUGGGUUGUUGCCGGAAGUGGGCGAGGAAAGGUUGUGAUGGCGGCUGCGACUGUAGCAGAGAAGGUGCCGGUAGACGGCGCGGAGGAACAGCAGCCCCCUGCGGCGGCCGAGGAGCUGGCCGCCCAGAAGCGCGAACAGAGACUGCGCAAAUUCCGGGAGCUGCACCUGAAGCGGAAUGAAGCUCGUAAAUUAAAUCACCAGGAAGUUGUUGAAGAAGAUAAAAGACUUAAGUUACCUGCAAAUUGGGAAGCCAAAAAAGCUCGUUUGGAAUGGGAACUACAAGAAGAAGAAAAGAAAAAGGAAUGUGCAGCAAGAGGGGAAGACUACGAGAAAGUGAAGUUGCUAGAGAUCAGUGCAGAAGAUGCAGAAAGAUGGGAGAGGAAAAAGAGGAGGAAAAAUCCCGACCUGGGAUUUUCAGAUUAUGCUGCUGCCCAGCUUCGCCAGUACCAUCGGCUGACCAAACAGAUCAAACCGGACAUGGAAACAUAUGAGAGACUGAGAGAAAAGCAUGAGGAAGAGUUUUACCCAACAUCCAACAGUCUUCUUCAUGGGACACAUGUGCCUUCCACAGAGGAAAUUGAUAGGAUGGUCGUAGACCUGGAAAAACAAAUUGAAAAACGAGACAAAUAUAGUCGGAGACGUCCCUAUAAUGAUGAUGCAGAUAUUGACUACAUUAAUGAAAGGAAUGCCAAAUUCAACAAGAAGGCAGAAAGAUUCUAUGGGAAAUAUACAGCUGAAAUUAAACAGAAUUUGGAAAGAGGAACAGCUGUCUAAUCCCUUCAGGAACUGUUUAGAAGCUUGAGAAUGGAGUGAAAAUUUCUACUAGCAAAUUGAAGUUCUCUUCAGAGUUACACCAGUAAACCAGAACUCGGUCUAUGCCUUCCCACUCAGCAUUUAAAAAUAAAUGUUUUUUCUUAAACUUCUACUUCCAUGUAUAUUUCCACAUUUUUGUGCUUGGAUAUAAGAUGUAUUUCUUGUAAUGUACUUGUUUUGUAAAAAUCUACUUUGUAUAAAUUCUAUUAUUUUUCUAUGUA